GGUCCCAUUAUCCCCAUGCAGCUCCUCCUGGGCCUGCGGCUGGCGUGUGCGCUGGGUACCAGCGGGAGCUGCUCCAGACUGGAGGCUGAGGGGCGCUGGGAGCAGAGGCUUUGUCUUGCGAGAAUCUCGCUCCCGGGCCGCCCUUUCCGCAGCAGCCGCUGGCGCCAGGAAGACAGGAGCGGUCCGGCCGGCGGGGGGCGAUGCGGGGCGGGCGCAGGAAAGCGGAAGCGAGCGGCCUGGGGAGCCGCUGGCGAUGAUGGGCGGCUGGGCUGGCGGCGGGCGGCGGCCCGGGGCAGCGAGGCCGAGGUAGCUGCGGUCAUGCGAGGCUCGGGCUCGGGGCUCGGCCUCUUCUUGCUGCAGCUCUUUUCGCUCCGCGCCGCUGGCAGCGGCUGGACCAGCGGCCGCGCGGACCCGCUCUACAUCUCUGAGUAUUUCUCUCAGAGUGCCCAGAAGCUGUCCUUCUACAGCUGGUAUGGGAAUGCCAAGCUCUUCCAAUUUCAUGUGCCAGAGGACACUGUUCUGCUGCGCUGGCUUCUUCAGGCAUCCAAAGGGAAUGAACCUGAGUGCAGCAACACAGAAAUCACUAUCCACUUCCGCUAUGGAGCUCCUCCUGUUAUCAACCCACUGCACACUCAGUUUCCUGCUAACAUGACUGUCCAUCCUUCAUACAACCAAACCAUGACAUUGAAUGUCACUACACAGAACAGCACCUUUGUGAAUAUCACUACCCCAGCUGCUGGAGACUGGUUCAUUGUUGCGCACCUGCCUGAGACUGAAGGCAGGAUCAAAGUGAAGGGUUUUUCCAUCCCAUGCACCUAUACGUUCCAGCCAGACAUGUUUGUGCUGAGACUCGUCAACAUGCCUAUUCUGGAACCAGACACUCCUAUGAAACAAACUAUCGUCUCACCUGUUCAGCCGCUACAUGUCAAGAUCUUCAUCCCUCAAUACACAGCCAGGAUGCAAUUUGAACUGCUGACUUGUGUGAUGAAUGGAACAACAGCAUGCAUUGUGCGGGUGAUGUUGGGUUCAGUCACAUUGCCACAAUCCUUCCAGAAAACUCUUAACUGCACAGCAAGAGUAGGCUGCAGCCUGAUCCUUGACUCGCCCCCGUGGGAGAAGUGGCUGCAGAUCAUGGCAGAGAAUCUCAGCACUACCAACACCAGUGUCUUCUUAGAGAUGAUUGCCUCCUUCACAGCUUGCAAGCCAGGGAGCACCAGUUCUUUCCUUAACCUCUACAAUAGCCUGAAUCAAAGCCAGACCACACAAGCAUUGGGUGGGAGGCCCAAAGGAGUCACAGCAGGAAUGAUGAGAAGUGUCACUCUGCCUGCAGAAGAUGCUGCAUAUAACUCAUCCGACCAAGGGAGCUUCUGCCUCCAGAAUCAGCCUAUUAUCCGAGAGGAUCUGGAUGUUGUGUCUGUGAGGUUCCGACUCAUAAAUGGGCCCAGUAUUCCCGUCCAUUCUGAAUUUCCCACCCUCUUCCUCCUCAACUUGAAUACUGGCAAGGACAGUGGAGGGAUCCUUGUAGUGAAUCUGCUGCUUAACAAGACUUCCCUGAGCUUGGACAGUGUCAGCGUAUUAGCUUGUGUGAGUGCUGCCUCUCCGGUAUUGUCCCUCAAUACCACACAGAGCUGCAGAACAGCUUUUGUCCAGGGUUACCUUCUGAAUGUGACUGCAUCCUCUACGGAAACAACACUGAUUGUUCCAUACCCUGAGACUGAGAACUGGUUCCUUUCCCUGCAGCUCCUAUGCUCAAAGGGCCAGAGCCAAUGUAAUGAAGCAAAAGCCAAAGUGACUGUCUCCAUGUACCUCACUCCCUGCUUCAAUGACUGUGGAGAGUAUGGACAGUGCAAUCUUCUGAGAAGGCAUGGCUACCUCUAUGCUGGCUGCAGCUGUAAAGCUGGUUGGAGCGGAUGGAGUUGCACAGAUGACACUAAGGCCCAGUCUGAGGGCGCACAGAAUCUGGCCACCCUCCUGCUUACACUCAGUAACCUCAUGUUCCUGCCAGCUAUUGUUGUGGCUGUUUAUCGCUACUACUUGGUGGAGGCCUCCAUCUACAUCUACACCAUGUUCUUCUCCACGUUCUACCAUGCGUGUGAUCAACCAGGAGUUGCUGUGAUGUGUAUCAUGGAUUACGACACAUUGCAGUACUGUGAUUUCCUGGGCUCCGUGGUUUCUGUUUGGGUGACAAUCCUGUGUAUGUCCCGAAUGAAAAAGAUCUUUAAAUAUAUUCUCUUUGUCCUGGGGACCUUGUUUAUAGCCAUGUCCCUGCAACUGGACCGCAGAGGCGUGUGGAACAUGAUGGGCCCCUGCCUCUUUGCCCUCGUUGUCAUGAUUGCAGCAUGGGUUUACUACAGUAUGAAGCGACAGCACUGUUACCCUUCCUCAUGGAAGCGCUGGGUUUUCUACCUCUUUCCAGGGAUGACUUUGGCUCUUGUAGCCCUCUCAAUAUAUGCAUUUAUGGAAACUACUGACAACUACUACUACACACACAGCCUCUGGCAUAUCCUGGUGGCCAGUAGUGUGGCAUUCCUGCUCCCACCACAAGACAAACACAAGAAGCCCUGGGCCUGGUCACAGAAGCUCAUCUGCCGCUACCAGAUCUGCCAGAAUGACCGUGAGGAGCUGUACACAGUGACCUGAGUCAGGCAUGAAGGGCACCAGGCCAGUGGGUUGAAGAGUUUGCUUGAUAAGCAAACCUACCCACAAGGCAUGCUUACAGCUCUGCUAAUGUGCUCAUUUGUUAGCAAGGGCAACACAGUGGCAGAAGCUGGCCUCUGUCUUUGAGGCAAGAGCAUGAACUGGAGUCCCCCCCUGCCAAAAUGGUGGCUUCUAAUCAUUAUAAAGAAAGGAACAGCCUUCUUUUGCACAUCUUCAAAAAUACCGAAGAUCCAUUCCUCUCCUGCCAUGCCAGUUUGUGGUGCAUGCCACAGCAAGUGCUUUGGCACAGCGCUCCUGCCACUCCUAGUAUAGUCUCCAGCACAAUGUCUGGUCAUUCUUCCUAGAGUCUGUGAUUACACCAUGAUUUACCAUGAGAAUGACAAGUACCCAAGCUGAGGCCAGCAGGGUGUCAUGGUACUGUGUUCUUUUGAGGAAGGGGAAACAUCCUCAAAGGGUUUGCCCUAGACCCUUGGUCCUGUUUCAGCUGUUAGCCUGCUCCAUCACCUAGACCAUGUGGGUGAAAGGUAAAAUGUUCCUCUUGUGUGAGUAGUGCUGAUGCUGAGGGUACCAAGGAGCGGAUGACUCAGGCUAGGCCCAAAUACAUUGGGGUUCAUUGCAGAUAGGGGGUAAAGUCCAGUGAUGACACCAUACCACAUAGGGCAGUGCCAACAUACAGCAGAAUCCUUGGCCAUGUCUACACAAGACACUGACUGCACAGUAGCCUGUGACUGCUGUGCUGUAGUAUCACAUGGUGGAAAGUGACACGACACUACUGCGCAGUAGUCUUAGACUACUGCACAGCCAGCUUUACAAAAAAGCCAGCCAUUGGUGCGACUGUGCAGUAACUCAAGUUACUGCAGUCAUUCAGUACUUGUUUAUACAAGUAGAUGACUGCACAGUCAGCAGUAGAUGACUGCACAGUCAGCAUCUUGUGUGGACAUGGCCGUUGAGAAUGACAUUUAGAGCAGAGCUGGGAAAUAAGAUUGACUCAGAUCUCAAAGUGGGGAGGGGUUCAGGUGCCAGGUUUGAUGCUAGAAGGGUUUUUAACUGAGCUUCUAUUUGUUCCUUCUCCGUGAACUCUGGGGGAGCCUGGCAUCUGCCAUCAUACCCGUUCUUUCUGGGUGACCAUGUUAGACAUUUUUUUCCUUGUCCCUAGCUUCCUAGGUCUUGGUUGACAGCACAGAAGAGAAAAAUGGUCAGGACUCCUGUGAAGAAGCAUAAUGGUAGUUUUGGGAUGACAAAUGAGUUAGGCUGCCCCUCAUUGAGCAUGGCUCUAUACAUACACCUCUUGCAGUAUCAGGAACAGAAACUGUUGGGUGCUAUUGUAAGUCCAGCUACUGCAUUUUGGCUUCAGUGCUGGUGUUAGACAUGCAGUCUUGUGAUUGUGCAAGGCUCACAGGGCCUGGGCAUCCCAAGGUUUAGAGCUAGCACCAAAUACUAUGGAAUACUCAGGUAGCCUGGUUGUUUUCAGGUUUGAAACUAUCACACAGUGCUUCUAGACUGUAGGUAGGUACUCUCUAAUAUGAGCCCUGUUUCUCAUACACAGCAUGAUUAAAUCAACCUUUGUAUGCAUAUUUAUCUAUGUACAUACACACUGCUCAGCUCUAUCAUGAGUACCAAUCAUUGGCUGUCCAGUCUUUCAGCUGUAUCUGUGAGCCUAGCUGAUUGCCUACUCUGGGCAUGUGUGUGUACAGCUAGCAUCUUAGUCUCAUGGAUGCAGCUGCCCCAAGAAAUUUGGGAACAAGUGACUUUAGGCCCUUUUAUCAAGUAUUCCAUGUCUGUGGCUCCCUCAUGCAUUAUACUGGGCAUGUCUACAAAUGCAAUUAAUGCAACUGAAUAUUCUCUGGUUCAAUCUGAGCUGGAGUAAACUGUUCCUGAUGUCAUUUACACAUGUGUUUAAACAGAUGGUGCGAGUUGCUGUAGAUGAAAUUUCAACCUGAAACUCCUAUAUCUUAACAACUUGCUCUAACCAGAAAGCCAAAGGCUAGGCAUUGACUAGAGCACUUCAAACCUCUCUUACUGAAGCUAGCCCACUGGGCAGACAAGGGAGAAGCUACAUGGGGUCAAAAUAAGAACAAGGCAGAUGAGAGAUGGCUCUGUGAGAUGAAUUCUCCUUUGGAAAGUGAGGCUCUUGGGCUCUGAUCUUGGUCUCUGCUCCCAACUAGGGCAGAAACUAUACCAGUGCUGUUUAUAGAAUCAAUUUUAAAGGCAGGGUACCAUGGGUCAGCAUCAGGAGGAGGACUGGAGAGUACUCCAGCUAGUGCCUGGGCUGUGGCAUGGUAGUUCUAGCGCUUUGCUGGGAAGCAGACAGCAUAGAUUCAGACCUCUCUGGGUGAGGGAAGCCUAGAAGCUGGAUCUCCUAUUUCCUGGGCAACUGUCCUAGAAACUAAUGCAUCAGGGUAAAAGAGGUGUUGGUGGUUGUAGCCGGGUUGGUCUAAGGUGAUAGCCAGACACUACCCAAAGAAUCUUGUCUGCCUCAGGAUGAAAGAGUCAUCUUCCAUCUGAUUUCUGGCAAGAAAAGCAGACAUCAUUCUAAAGAAAGAACUGCAAUACAGCAAAAAGAUACGUGAGAGGAAAACCAGUAGAGCAGACUGCAAAUUGUUGAGAUGUAGGAGAUGCAGAUUGAAACCCCUGUUCCUACUUGUGUGUUUAAGAGCAGUAAUAUAUUGCACUGCUGGAUACCACAUGUAUCUGGCGGGAUUAUCUAGCAGUACAGUAAAUUAGUCUACUGCACCCUAAUUGUCAUGCAUAUGGAGAUGGUGAGGCUUUACUGUGCAGCAUAUUAGUCUGCUGUGUAGUAAAGCAUCUCAUGCAGAUGCACCCACUGAGAAAUUAAAUACAGAGCAGCAACUCCCUUUAAGUAGUAGGGUCAGAACUUGUUUUGGGGAAGGGAAGAGGUAGCUCUUCUGGCAGAGUGGAACUGAAGCGUAAAGCCUAGUGCUAGUACCUUGCACCCAUGCUCCAGAGCAUAGCUGACCUGUAGGGUAUGGACAGCAGAAUUGCAGGUGUUUCUUGGACUCAGCCAGAAAAUGAGCACUUUCAGGCAGCUGUGCUUUGCCUCCAUGGUAGGACAUGCUUGGUUCACAUUGACUUUACGGGUGGGUGUGUGGACAUGAGAAGCUAUUGGCUGCUCCCUCUGUCCAUCUCUGUUAUACAGUGAAGGGUCUGAAUCCAUUAUUCCCUGCUUUUACUGCUAAGCUCUAGUACAUUUCACAGAGGAAAAUUAAGCCCCUAAAACCAAAACAAAGCACAGACCAGGCUAAUUUUUUCAUUUUCAUUUCCCAAGUGUCAAGUCAGCAGUUACUAGAAAUAGAUUAGAAGCCACUGGCUUCUCUGAGAUCUUUCAUGAUUGCAUGGAUGGUUGAGUGUGGGUAGCUUGGGAAUGGAGGGGGUCUCUGAGGAGGAGGCUCCAUAUGCUGACCCUCUGUAUCUUGCUGAACAUCGUUAACCAGUUGUUCUACCUGGUCUUACCUAGGCCUCCCUUCAUAUAGGCUGAAUUAUUUGCAGGUAUAGCUGAGAUCACAUUCAUAUGAAAGUCUCUGUGCCUGCUGAGCAUAGGACUGCCACAAACACAACUGCAAGAGCAAAGUUGCAACAGCACCUAUUUGUGCGAAUAUUUUUGAGCUGUAGGAAUUGGAGCCAGUAUCUGUAUGUCUAGCCUGGUUGAGGCAUUAUUGAGUUAAGUGUAUCGUACUUGCUGUUCUUCCUUCAGAAAAGGUAGUUGUUUCUUUCCUUGUAGAUAUCUGGUAUAAUAUUAUAUUUUACAUAUAUGCAAUAGGGAAUCUGACUGCUGUUUAAGGCAUCAAGCAUCCUAUAAAAAUUCUCAGUUGCACAGCUUAAAAACCACAUUUGAGAGAUGGAAAAAGAGUACAUGUUUAGGACAUAUUCCCUGGUUUAAAGGAAAUAGGAUUAUUUUGUUUCUGAAAAACAGCCCAGCUACUUAUACUUUAAUGCUUUAGCCUUCUAGCAGAUAAUCCAGCUCUCAGGUAAUUCAGAGUUUCCACAAACUGAUCUGCAGGGGUGCUGACAUGGGUUUGGCUCAGCUGAGUUAUUCUCCAUCUUUCUUCAAACCCUGAAGUAAAACCAGAGCAGAGUAUUUCACAUUGGCUGCCAUAUUUUUCUACAGAUAUUUUUCAAAUGGACAUACAGAGGAUUGAGUAACACUUAGUGUACCUGCAUAAAAGUGGUAGGAAAAAUGGUUUUCUGUUGGUGGCUAUAGAAAAACACUUUUAUUUCCUCAGUGCUACAAGUAAUCAGAGAAUCCAAGAGAAAAUGCUGAGUGGUAACACUAAGUGGUAACCUUAAGUUCCAGGCUACACGAAGACAGGAUUUUUAUACUGUUCCAAAUCUAGCUAAUUUUCCACUGGUAUUUCUGUUUUGCUGCUAUAGGCUUGGGGCUGUCUGUGAUUGUCCUGUUAGGCUCCUGUAGAAAUGCCAUCAUUAAUAAUUUUGUACCUCUCUACAUAAAAUUUCACAUACUCCAAGAUUUCUCAAAAUCCAGUUUUUAGCACUCUCUCUUCAGUUUUUACAAGUUAAUUGUAAACUGAGCACUUGGCCUUUGGGGGACUGUAAUGGAGUAUUUGCAACCCUUUUGUACACACACGUAGAUGCACCCUGUUCUUAUUAAUGCUCAGCAGUAAGCUCUGGAGCUUAUUGCUGCCAGAUGCAUGUCUGCACAUGUGCCUGGGAUUGCAGCAUGUUGAGCCAGAGCAGAGCAGCCCCAGCUGAUGGGGGACCCCAGGGCUGUUCCUCCUAGCUUAGUGUGCUGCAGAAGGACGGGCUGUGGCACAAGGGUGCUUCAGUACAGGGCUAGCCAGCAGGCAGCCACGGCACUGAAGUACCCUCAAGCCCUACACAUGCGCUGCUGCAGAGUAAAUUAGUUUACUCCAGCCUAACGGGUGCACAUGUAGAUGCCAAGGUGCUUAUUGGUCACAUGUACACGAGACACUGACUGUGCAGUAAUGACUAAUAUAAACAAGUACUAAAUGACUAUGCAGUAACUGGAGUUACUGCUCAGUAGCAUCACUGAACAGCUUUUAAGUGAUGCUACUAUGCAGUAGCUCAUUACUACUAUGCAGUAGCACCACAUCACACUUCGUGCCAUGCAACUUUACUGUACAGUAAUGAGCUACUGUGCAGUCAGCAUCUCGUGUAGACAUGGUCACUGCAGCUGAUUAGUUUACUGCACCAUAAACAACUCAUGUAGAUGCACCCACAGUGCUGCAGGUAGAGCUAAGUGCUGCACAUUAACUAGUUGGAGCAAUAAUACUCUAAUUUAUACCUUUUUCUUAUAGUUUUAAAUGCUGUGAAACAUUGAGCUUUGAGAGGGGAUGGGAUAAAUCUCUAUGAUUUUAUUAGUCUUAUUCUUCAUCAACAACACUACGAUUAGAAGAUUAAAUAAUUUUAGUGGGAAAAAAUAUAUUUUGUCAAUUACCUCAAGUAGAAUUUAAGCAAAUUGCUAGUAUUUUAAGGCAUGUUUGGAGAGUGGGUUUUUUUGGCUGUAUUUCUGUGAUUUAAUUUUUAUUUUAUACGGUGAAUUUUAAAGCUUAUUGUUUUAUAACUUAAUAAAUAUAAUUGUACUUGAAGGGGUGUGAUCUGCAUUGCACUUUCUUGGCAUUGAAUUUUGUAUAUCUAAGUUAGGGCAGGAAAUUGAAUAAAAAGCAAAAUGAA